AUUUCUCGAAGUCUCCGCAACAAAAUCCCAUUUCUUCUUGAAACUAAAGUUAUUGCGAUCUCUUCUUCUUUUUCUUCAAAUUGUAAUCUCUGCUUCUGCCAUUAAUACAUCAAUCGUCCUACAGUAAGGGGUUUGAAAUGGGGAACUCCAAUAUGCUUCCAGUAGAUAUCAUCUUCAACUUUUAACACUUCUACCGACAAAAUCAGUUAUAGACUGUAAGUUUAGUCUCCAAAUCAUGGAAUAAUGUGAUCAAUCAUCAACAAUUUUCUAAAUCUCACUUGAAUCACUGCCUUAACAAUCUUCAUUCUGCUGGUGGUAAGUUUACUUUCCUUAUUGUGAAUGACAAUCCAAUUUAUGCACACAGACAGUUCCAUUAUCUAGAAUUUUAUGAUGAGAAUUAUUCUUCUGAGGAACAACCCUGCCAUAGAAUUACAAGAAUGAAACUAAACCCUGCUCCGUUGUUCCUGUAAUGGUUUAGUUUGUCUAAAUGGAUGCCAUGAUAACGAGGGGGGCUACUAUGAACCUGUGUAUAUAUGUAAUCCCAUUACCAGGGAAUGUGUGUUUCUCCCGAAAUUUGAGAGAACUUAUGGUCAUGGUGAUCGAUUGGUGACUGGAUUUGGUUAUGUUUCUUUGUCUAGUGAGUACAAGGUUGUGAGAAUGUAUGAACUGUGGAAAGAACCCAAUUCUGUACAUGUGGAGGUGUACACACUUGGAAGUGGCAAGGGAUGGAGGAACACAGGGAAAAUAUUCAACAAAGACCUGGAUUUGGUUACUAAUGUCUUUGGUGAGCUUGUGAAUGAAUCUCUUUAUUGGAAGCUUAAAACUGGUGAAAAUUGUGGUUUUUGAUUUGGCCAAUGAAGAUCUUGCCGAAAUGCCUACAGCUUUGCCCACUUAUUGGAAUUUUAGCCUUGGGGUUUUGGGGGGUUAUUUACUGGCUGACCACUAUGAUAAAGAUUCGAAAACUUCUGAUAUCUGGCUACUGAAGAAGAAAGAUGAUGGGUCAUUGAGCUGGAUUGAAGAGUUCAGUAUAAGCAACACAGAUACACAAGAAAUUGUCCAAGAUUCGCUUGUCCUCACGGGUAGGGGUACAGUUCUAUGCCACUCAGAGACAAAGGUCCUAAUUCAUGACCUAAAUUCUUCAUCUUCAAAAGUGCUUGUGGAUUUUGGUAAGGAUAAACGUAUAUUUCAAGCAAUCCCUCAUAUGAGCACCUUGGUUUCAUUAAAAGCAUUAGGAGAAGAAAAUACAAAAACGAUGGAAACGAUUGACGUGCCAAGAAAAAAUACAUGGGAUAAUCUUGUAAUGGCUUCGGUGGAGCAGUCGAACCCCAUUGCUACUCCAUACCUCCAUGGUGAUCAGCUUGCUGAUAAUGUAAUUUUUGAGAAUUUAAAUUCUCAACCUGUUACACAACCAGCAUCAUCAUGUUCUUCCCAUUAUGCACCCAUGCAUAGUAGUGAUCAUGAGCAUCAACAGCAACAACAACUUAUAAGAACCAUAAGUUGUAGUGAAGAAAAAAAACAAGUCAAGGGUGAAGAAGGAUCAGAAGAAGAGGAAGAGUUGGGUGCAGUGAAAGAAAUGAUGUACUUGAUCGCAGCGAUGCAACCUAUUGAUAUUGGUCCAGUGACACUUGCUAAACCUAAGAGAGAAAAUAUUCGAGUUAGUAACGACCCACAUCUUGUAGCUGCACGUCAUAGGCGUGAGAGGAUAAGUGAACGGAUAAGAGUUCUUCAAAGACUUGUUCCAGGAGGAGCUAAAACGGAUACAGCCUCUGUGUUAGAUGAGCCAGUUCGUUACAUUAAGUUCUUAAAGAAACAAGUUAUCAAACUGCAAUUGAGUGAUCAAAAUUCUCCUCGCAUAGCAGUUCCCAUCAUCAAUGAUGAAUACCAUUGGCAUGUUCCGUCAUCUGAGAAUAACAUCUUUACAUUUAUGGAGACAAUGCCGCCGUCAACCGAGGAUUAUUACAUUCCUAGCUAGCUAGUAAAUGAGCUGAAGUACAGGCUUUUCGAGUGCGGUUCAGGAUCGUUACACCGUUUUCAGGUUCGUUACCUCAUUCCCCAAAAAAGGUUCAUCAUCUCAAGUGUUUUGGGGGUUUUGGUUGGAAGAAAUCGACCUUUUACGACAUAUUUUUAGGUUCGUCGAGCCCGGUUCAGGAUCUUGACAACGCUUUCAGGUUCGUCGAGCCCCGUUCAGGAUCGUUACACCGUUUUCAGGAUCGUCGGAACAUUUACCCUCCCCUCCAAGGAGAUGUAGUUCAGCGAUAAAUAAGACUUUUAAUCGAAAAAACAACUGCCACCUAACACUUAACUGGAUGGAAUUUGCCUUUUGAAUAAAACGGGGUACUUUAACAAAUUUCAAAAAAACGGGGGCAUUCUUUUAGUGUAAUGUGAAAAGUAGGGGUAUUUUAUCAAAAAGUCUUCUUUUUUAGUGUAAUGUGAAAAGUAGGGGUACAAAUUUCAAAAAAACGGGGCAUAUUUUAUACAUCUGGUUAUGCAUCCUGGAAAGUCACCUAACUGUUUGAUAAUUCAGUCUGGUUUCUCUGUAAGAUAUGGGGAAUUUCCAGGAUUCUACCAAGCUGUUUGGUUACCGAUUGUAAUUGAAGGCUGACAGUAUGCGACGUACGGUCGACUCAGAGUCACCAAUGUAUCCUCCUUCGUCAGACUGCCUGGUUAUGGAGCUUAUAUAAAGCUUUCCCAAUUGUCAGACUCAGACGUCAUGAUGCAUUGGGAGUAAAUCUGCAGAUUACCCUCGGGUGCACCUACCCUCGGCUCCCCCAUUUCUCCAGCAGGCAGCAGCAGUAUAUAAUGUAAGAGCUUCUCCAAUGAAAUGUGUGUGAGGGAAAAAGUCUUCAUCCAUGUAGGAUACAAAUUCAUAUUUCUUAAAAUCUUUCUCCAAUCCUAACCUCUUCAACAAACAUGGAGAUGACAUGGCAUAUUUUUUAUAGACAUCCUCUAGCUCGACCUCUUGUUUCAGAGGUUCACCAUGAGGAUUUGUAACUAUCCUAGUCAACUUUUUAAAAUUAAAAACAGAUUUAUUUUAUUAGAAUUGGUCUUUAAUCUGAUAACGAAAAAGAAAUUUUAAGUUUUUCUCCUUAAAACCAGAGUCAUCAUCUCGAUUAGAGCUGGCAAACCAAGCCAAAACCC